GGACCAAUGAUGUUUAAGGUUUUACUUUUGUCGCUCUUACUAGCCACUUCUUUAGCUGUGGAACUAGAAUCAGAUGCUCCCAAUACCUGAGAAAACAAUGCCAAUUUUUCAGAUGAACCUGGCAUGAUAAAUGCAGGAGUGAGCUUUGCUAUCAACGAAAACUUCUUUAAUAAAUUGCUGACUGAUCUGCUCCCAAAUGUUCUUAAGUUGAUUGGAGAUGAGUUCAAUACUACUAAGGUUUAUGAACUCGAUUUGGACAUGAUUACUUUGUUCAUCAGUAAGCCAUCUCUGAUCAUAAAUACCAUCAACUAUGACCCAGACUUGACCAAAGCUAAUCUGUACCAUGAAAAUAACUCAGUUGGGUUCCAUAUCGUGGACAGUAAAGUAAAUCUGACUCUGGAUUAUGACGUAUUCACAGACCCACUAUUGAUCGAUGAUAUUGGAAAAGUCGAUGUUGGAUAUGAGAAACUCAACCUUGACAUCACCUUUGGAAUGGGAGCUAGCAAAGAUGAUCCUAGUCAGUUUGCCAUUGAGGUAUCCCAAAGCUCUCUCUCUAUCGAUCCCAAGAGUGUCAGGAUAGAUCUUACCAAUGAGAAUGAUUUUAAUAAACUUGUUGUCUCAGUGGUCAAUGCUAUUCUCCCCCCAAUAGCAAAUUUGGUCGGAACUGCUCUGAGUGAAUAUCUCCAGAACUUAGUUGAUUUAGUCACAGGACUCGUUAAAUGGCCACUAGUAAUUAAGGAUAUCUCAGUGGACCUUUCAUUCAAAGAAUGGCCGGUUGUGACUAAUGAUACUUACUUAACCAUCUCCUCUGUUGGGAAAAUUUCUCUUGCUGAGAAAGACCAUCCAUUUGUUAAUACAGCCCUUCUGCCACAGUGGGUUCCAGAUGGAAAGGACUUCCAAGUGUUUAUCUCUGAUUACACUAUCAGAAGUGCUCUUGCUACUAUUUCUCAAAUCGACAUGGAUCCUCUUACUAUUACUAAAAAGGAUACUAAAAUUAUGUCAACAAGCUAUCUAAACUCAUUCUUCCCAGGUCUCUCUAAAGAAUUUGGGAAAAAUAAGGAUUGUAAAUUAGAUAUUAGACUCUCUAGUGAUCCCCUUCCAGAACUUUCCAUCACUCCAAAGGGAAUAGAUACCUCAACAAGUGUUCUUAUGAGUUUAAGCUGAGACCGUGGAUCUGAAAACUUUGAAGAAGCUUUUACAUUUAAAGUUAAUGCGAAGAUCAUCGCUAUAUUGGACAUAAAUGAAUGCUUGACUAUUAAGAUGAAGAUUAAUGACUUAAAGAUCAAGGUUACAGAGAUAGUAAAUUCAAAUAUUGGAAAAAUUGACAUAAAGAAGCUCAACAGUAUCAUGUCUCUGUUGCUCAACCUCAUCAAAACCCUCGUCAACACCCUCCUCUCUCGCGGAAUCGACCUGAGCAUCUUCCUCAGAAACUUGCCUGCCGCUCUCAAAGACAUCCACAUUUCUCCCAGAGAUGGCUACUACCUGCUCAUGGCAAACCCCUACUUCGACACGCAGAGUGUCCCCAGGCUCCUCGAACUCCUGGCUGGCGACGAAGGCCUCCUCAAGUCCGACAGAACUCAUCCAGAGAUUGUGAAGAAGAGUCUGGCCAAGGGUCUUUCUGCUUUCUACGAAACCUUCGACAAGCACACCCACCUCAACAGGCCAGGAGCAGCUCCGCUGAAGGCACUGAUCGGAGCGUUUGAAAUCUACCAACCGCUCAUUGCAAGAGGAGAAGAAGCCCAUAGAAAUAUGGAAUAAAUGCCAACUAAUCUUCUUCAAAACUUAUGCCCUCCUAAUACGGUC